AUGAUGAUGACUCCUUUAAUGCAUGAAAUUCUAUUGAGAUUAUAAUAGAUCAAAUAUUGGAAUUAUGAUUCCUUAAAUCAUAUUCGUAUUCCUAAAUUAACAUUAUAUAUUAAACAUAUUCCAAAAAAAUUUAACGAAUUAGAACUAUAACAAUAUAUAUAAAAUGCAAUUUCUAGUAAGUAUAAAAACAAAAUUGGGGACAAAUUUAUUGAAGAGAUUGUUUAUAUAUAUGAUAUUCAUCCAAUUAAAGUUUUAAAUGAAAAAAGAAAGGAUACCUAUUUAAAAAUAUUAUAAAUAGUUAAUUAACUUAAAAUAGAAACAAAAUUGGAAUUAAAAGGAUAAUUGAUAGAUUUAGUUUUUUAGUUAAUAAAAUAAACAAGAGAUAUUUAAAAAACAUUAUAACAUGGUUUACCAUUUACAUAAAAAGUCAUAUUAAAAUUUAAUUCAGAAUCAGUAACAAAUUUGGUUUAUAAAUAUUAUGAUCAAUCAUUUUUAAACAACAUACUUUUAAGGAUUGAAACAAUAAAAGAAUCUGCAUAAAAUUAUUAAGAAUUUUAAAAGGAUAAAGUUGAAUUAUAGGCAUAAUUGCUAGAAUAAUCUUAAACCGAUAGUUAAAGAUCAUCAAUAAUAUCUCAUUAAUCAGAUCUCUAAGAAGAAGUGGCAAGAAGUUAAUCUCAAAUAUUUAUAAAUAAAACAUAAGAUAUAAAAACAAAAACGAAAUAGAGCAUAAUAGACCUAUUAACACUACCAGAAAAUGAAGAAUAAUAAAAAUUAAACAUGUAAAAUUCAUCUAUAGAUGAGAAAAAAGGUUUACAUUUAUAAAGAGGAUUUCGAUAAGAUGACAUUUUUUGGGAACAUAUUGGAAUGCAUACAUUAAAAAGAUUAUUUUUAAGAUUAUAAACAACAUUUGUAACUUUAUUUGUUGGUAUCAUAAUUAUGGCUUUAUUUGAAAUAUUAUUUAUUUUAGAAUAACAUUUGAAAAGAUAAGAUGGUUGGGUUAGUACGAUAAUUGUAAUUGUAAUGACUUUAUUUACUGUUUUCCUUUCUGUCUUUUCAACUAUACUUGUUAUCUUUAUGACAAAGAGAGCAUAAAGAUCUACAUAUUCUUUAUAGGAGAAGAAUAUUAUUACUUUUAUGUCACCUAUUUAAUAAGUUUGUAUUCUUGCAUUUCCAUUUAUUUUUGUAUUAAGUAUAUUACAAAAUUAUUCUGCCUUAAAUAAUAUUGCUGUAGUAUUGGCAGUUAGUAAAUUAGCCUAAGUAAGACUUAUUGCUAAAGGAAUAAUUCAUUUCUUCCAUUUAAGAAUUUGGAAACAUAACAAAACUAAGAAAUAAAUAAGUAAGAACUUUAAACCCACAUAAUAUUUUCAAAAGUAAUUAAAUGAAUUGCUAACGCCACCUCUCUUUCCUAUAAGAAGCAGAUUGUUUUACAUUUUAUUUAUUUAUAGCACUGGUAUGAUGAUGAUAUUUUUUAAUCCUAUGAUGAUUUUAUGGUGUUUAGUAUUAUAAAUCAUUUUCUUCUACUACGACAAAUAUAGUGUCUUAAAUGAAUAUCAUCAUGAUAAACUUUUUACUUUCUAACUUCAAAAAUAUUUAAUUUUAACUUAUUAAGUGAUUAUGAUUCCCAUAUAUUGUUACAUAUAUAUAGUUACAUUUACAAAUACAACAUAACAUAUAGGAUCAGAUGAUUCAGUAUUUAUUAGUCAUUAUUAUUCUAGCUUAUUAAUGAAUAUUCUAAAGUUUAACCUUUAUGGACAUUUCUAGGAUAUGGCACCUUUAUUUUAUCAUUUACAAGCUUCUUGUUUUUCAGAAAGCAAGUAGCCAAUUUCUUUGUUUUUGGAGUUUUUAGAUAUUAAAGACCUUUGAGAGAUUCUACAAUAUUUAAUGAAAAAUCAUAUUUCCAAAGUUAUAACGAAUUUUUUCAUGGUAAUUUUUUUUAUUAUUUUUAGACUUGGGAGUUAAUGAAUUAACUUCAAUUCUUGAAGAUACAUUUAAAAAUAUGUAAUAUAAAUCUAAAUGA